CUGAAUAAGAACAAAAAAUGAUUUGAAGGAAAUGUGGAUUUAAGUUGGAAUUUAGUUGGAGAAUACUAUAUUGUAAUCUUAAUAUGGUAUCCAUAAAGACUGCAUGGUUUUAGGGGUUUAUUUAACCUUUCACUGAUAAUUAUUUAAUCUCACCACCCCUCCCCCCAUAUUUUCAGGGUGUAAGACUAAGGUUUUAAGACGUUCGACGUCAAUAGAAUUGAGCCAUGUAGCCUAAUUUAACGGAAACUUACCUUAAAACACUUUGAGAUUAUAGUACCUUGCAAUCUGACUGGUAAGAUAACUCAGGAAGACAUUUUUCUGAUAAAAGAUAGUCAUAGGCCAUCGGGGAAAAUAAGGAAUUCUGGCUCCUAGCCUACUGUCCUCCAAAUUUGAGCACUUACUUGUCAGUUGAUGUUUUUUUUUCUUUUUAGUGAUUGAUUCAUGCUGUACUUCUUAGCAAAUUUAAUUUGUCUGUUGGAAGCACAUCCCUGGUUCUAGGGAAGCCGAUCAAAGUAUCUCUAUCAUGUUAGCAUACACUCUGCUCCGGCUCAGUCUGGACACUCGGGUCCCAAACACCUUAAGAACCCUCUGUACACAAGCUCACAUACACAUCCUUCCGUCUGUCUUUGACACAAGCGCCAACCGGGGGUCCCUUUCCCCCUUCCCUCCUUGCCAACACUGCUUGUAUUUUGGGUGCAGCUAGAGUGAGACCUGCACCAGCCAAGAAACCUUGAAAUGACCAACAUUUUGUCCCCCCUCUUACAGAAACUCCUGGUCAUCCAAGGCAAGAGUGUGGCCAUGCACUACAGCAACCCCCGGCACAAGUUUGAAGACUGGCUCUGCAACACUUGCGGCCUGUACAAUUUCCGGAGGAGGCUGAAGUGCUUCAGGUGCGGAGCAUCCAAAGCUGAGUGUGAAACCAACACCACUGGAGUCCGAGAGACCCAGCAGAGCGGAGACUACUACGGCGACACGAUCAUCCUUAGGAACAUCGCCCCCCUUACCACUGUGGAGGCCAUAAUGACUGCCCUGGCCCCCUACGCCAACCUGUCAACCAGCAACAUCCGUCUCAUCAAGGACAAACAGACGGGCCAGAACAGAGGCUUCACCUUCGUACAGCUUUCCUCCCCUCUGGAGGCUUCUCAGCUCCUAACUAUCUUACAAGGACUGCAGCCCCCUCUCAAGCUGGAUGGGAAGACCAUCGGUGUGGACUAUGCCAAGAGUGCCAGGAAGGAUCUCUUGCUCCCUGACUGUAACCGGAUCAGUGCCUUCUCUGUGGCCAGCACAGCCAUCGCUGCUGCCCAGUGGUCCUCCAGCCAGCCACAGCAGGGUGCUGAAGGACAGCUGUCGGAGUACAGCUACCUAGAGGAGGGCUACGUUCCCUACACACAGGACUACCAGGCCUACUACCAGCAGGCAGCAGGAGACCUCUCCCAGGGGAACGGAAUACUGGGAGCGGCCCCAGCUGCUACAGGAGUGGUGAUCUCACAGGUUGCACAGGUCUACCAACCCCGCCUAAUCAGUCACACUGCCACACAGGCACUGCAAUUGGCCCAGCAACUGGAAGCAAAACAGACCGGAGUUCACUCUGCAGCUGCAACCAUUACAGCGCCGGUUUCCACAGCAACAGCGACACUCUCUGGACUGGCCACAGACACUGCUGUUCCCGACACCUCCACCUACCAUUAUGACGAGUCCUCGGGCUACUACUUCGACCCUGAAACUGGCCUCUACUACGACCCAAAUACCCAUUACUACUAUAAUUCCCAAACACAGCAGUACCUGUACUGGGACAGCGAGAAGCAGACGUACGUCCCUGCCUCAGCCGCCGACCAAACUGAGCAGACGGCAAACGCAGCAGCAGCUAGCAAAGAGGCUAAGGAAUCCAAGGAGAGGAAACAAGAGAAGCCCAAGAGCAAGACGGCUCAACAGAUUGCUAAGGACAUGGAGCGCUGGGCGAAGAGUCUGAACAAGCAGAAGGAGAACUUCAAAAGCAGCUUCCAGCCCGUCAGCCAGGAGGAGAGGAAAGAGGCCGCGGCCGCCGACGCAGGCUUCACACUCUUCGAGAAGAAGCAGGCUGGAAGCUUGGAAAUGCUCAUGUCAGAAGCAGUGCAGCGCCCAGAGGAGCAGGCCCCAACCAACUCAGCCAAGGUUGGUCUGGUGGCAGCCUACAGUGGGGACAGUGACCCAGAGGAGGGGGGUGCAGCAGAGCCGGAGCGCGAUGGUGGUGAGCAGGGCCAGGAUCAGCUGACAGACUGGAAGAAGAUGGCCUGCCUGCUGUGUAGGAGACAGUUCCCCAAUAAGGACGGCCUGGUGCGCCACCAGCAGCUCUCUGACCUUCACAAGCAAAACCUGGAGGUCCACCGCAGAUCUAAGCUGAGUGAGGCUGAGCUGGAAGAGCUGGAGAGGAAAGAGACCGAGAUGAAGUACAGAGACCGGGCUGCAGAGAGGAGAGAGAAAUACGGCAUCCCUGAACCCCCAGCACCCAAAAAGAAGAAAUUCACAGCACAGCCAGCACCAGUCGUUAACUAUGAGCAACCCACCAAAGACGGUCUGAACAGUGACAACAUUGGGAACAAGAUGCUGCAGGCCAUGGGAUGGCAGGAAGGCAGAGGUCUGGGCCGCAACCAGCAGGGCAUCACUGCACCUAUUGAGGCCCAGCUGAGGGCGAAGGGAGCUGGUCUGGGAACCAAAGGCAGCAGCUACGGCCUGUCUGCCUCAGACACUUACAAAGACGCUGUCCGCAAAGCCAUGUUUGCCCGCUUCACUGAAAUGGAGUGAUUUGCCAAAUAUACCUGCCUCCCAAGAACAACCAUAUCCUACUGACCUGGUGCUUUGUUCCCUGGGUUUCUGUGUGGGAGAAAUCACCGUCCCCGGGCAUCUUAACAUCUCUCCCUACAUUCAUCCAUAAACGGACACCUUGAGAUAAAGGGAUUGUAAUGGCAGCAUGGGGAAGUUGCAGAGAUUACAUGCUUUAUUAAGGGGGAUUGGAGGGAGGGCCUUCCUUUGCUAAAAGAUUUGCGUUUCUUUGGAUGAAUUUCUGAGUGCCGUCACGUUGUCAUCCGUCUGCUAGAGAAUAGGAAAACGUAGAAAGGACUUGUCUAUUGGAGAAAUGUGAAACUAUGAAUUAUGUAGGUUAUGAUUUGUAUAUAUUGUAUUGUGUAAGAAUUUGAAGAUGGGCACAUUCUUUCCCCACCCCCCCUUUUUGCUGUGGCAAUAGUAUUUUGUCGGCAUGUUAUAAAUGUACAGUUUGUAUGGUAUGCGUUCUCAUUUUGUACAGAAAAUAUUAAAUGAGAUUGAUCAACCAA